CUGGAGACGGACUGGGAAUCCAUCCUGCAGAUCUGCGACAUGAUCCGGCAGGGAGACACCCAAGCAAAAUAUGCCGUCAACGCAAUCAAGAAGAAAGUCAAUGACAAAAAUCCCCACGUGGCUCUCUACGCGCUGGAGGUCAUGGAAUCAGUGGUUAAAAACUGCGGCCAAACAGUCCAUGACGAGGUGGCCAAUAAACAGACUAUGGAGGAACUGAAAGAAAUACUCAAGAGGCAAGUGGAGACCAGUGUCCGCAGUAAGAUCCUGUACCUUAUCCAGGCCUGGGCUCACGCCUUCCGCAAUGAGCCCAAGUACAAGGUGGUGCAGGACACCUAUCAGAUAAUGAAGGUUGAAGGUCACGUAUUCCCGGAGUUCAAGGAGAGCGAUGCCAUGUUCGCAGCAGAACGGGCUCCGGACUGGGUGGAUGCUGAGGAGUGCCACCGAUGUCGAGUGCAGUUUGGGGUUGUGACACGGAAGCAUCAUUGCAGGGCCUGUGGUCAGAUCUUCUGUGGGAAGUGCUCUUCCAAGUAUUCCACCAUCCCAAAGUUCGGGAUUGAGAAGGAAGUGAGGGUCUGCGAGCCCUGCUACGAGCAUCUCAACAAGAAAGCUGAGGGUAAAGCUGCUGCCACCUCUGAGCUGCCCCCCGAGUACCUGACCAGUCCCCUCUCUCAGCAGUCCCAGCUGCCUCCAAAGCGUGAUGAGACAGCGCUGCAAGAGGAGGAGGAGCUGCAGCUCGCUAUUGCCUUGUCUCAGUCAGAGGCCGAGGAGAAGGAGAGAAUGAGGCAGAAAACAACCUAUUCCAUGUACCCGAAGGCUGAGCCCGCUCCUGUCACGUCCUCGGCUCCCCCGGUCAGCACGCUCUACUCCCCGCCCGUGAAUUCCUCUGCUCCCUUGGCUGAGGAUUUUGACCCGGAGCUGGCUCGGUACCUGAACCGCAACUACUGGGAGAAGAAGCAAGAGGAGGUUCGCAAGAGCCCCACUCCAUCAGCACCCCUGUCUGUCGCGGAGCCGGCUGCCCAGCCUGGGGAGGCCCAUCCUGCCCCGCUCGGUGUCGUGGAGGUAGGAGGGGGCCUGGACGUGUGCCGGGCAGCCCCUGAGGGGCAAGGAGCACCCGGCUCCUUGGUGCAGCCCGGUGACGGGGCGCUGCAGGCUUGCUGCUGUCUCACCGGGGUCAGCAUUGCCAGGAUGGAGCCUCUAUGGAGAGCAGGCAGUUUGGUGCACAGGGCAGUUGGAGUGCUGUGCCCCAAGCAGGUCCCUGAGGCGUCUCUUCCCCCCCCAGUGUACUACGAGGGCCUGCAGGACAAACUGGCCCAGAUCCGGGACGCGCGUGGGGCCCUGAACGCGCUGCGGGAGGAGCACCAGGAGAAGCUGCGCCGUGCAGCGGAGGAGGCAGAGCGCCAGCGCCAGAUCCAGCUGGCCCAGAAGCUGGAGAUCAUGAGGCAGAAGAAGCAGGAAUACCUGGAGAUGCAGCGUCAGUUGGCCAUCCAGCGACUGCAGGAGCAGGAGAAGGAGAGGCAGAUGCGCCUGGAACAGCAGAAGCAGACCAUCCAGAUGCGAGCCCAGAUGCCAGCCUUUUCCCUGCCUUAUGCCCAAGUAUGUCUGCAGGGCCAGAGCCUUCCUGCCCAGUCCCAGGGGACGUGGCCUAGAGCUGCUUCUCUUCCCUCAACAGCUCCGGGCACGGGGCCAUACACUGCCAUGCCCGUCGCAGGGACAGAUCCCAGCAUGGUGAAUGCCUACAUGUACCAGGCAGGGGCAGGCGGCGGGCAGGCAGUGCAGCAGGGCCCCACGGUGCCCACCACCACCCCUGCAUACUCAUCCUACCAGCCAACCUCAACACAGGGCUACCAGAGCGCGGCCUCACAGUCACAGAGCAUCCCGGCCAUCUCCCAAGCCCCUCAGUCGGGUGCCAUGGGUUACAUGGGCACCCAGUCGGUCUCCAUGGGCUACCAGCCCUACAGCAUGCAG